AUGAUUAACGAAAUCUCUGGAAGCUAUGAAGACAAGCAUUUCUCCUCAUUCAGUCAAGGAGUAUUCAUUGAAAAAAUUACCUAAAAAACUUCAUAAUAGCAUAGCUCAAUGUAUUCAAGUACAUUUAACGACUCUAAUGAGGCUGAAUCAACUAUCAAUAGUAGUCCAUGCAUUAGCAGUUCUAGCUUCCUUAAAGAUUAGUAGGCACGAUUGAAAUAAACUCUAGUUAAAACAUUGAUACCAAAGAUAGUAACAGUUUUGGAUUAAAUAGCCAAAGAGCUCCUGUGUAUAGAUGAUAGUUUAAGCUUAACCUAGAACCAAUUUCAAAAUUUUGACUUGAUAACUCUAAAUUUCGCAAAUUCACUCAAGCAUUCAAUAUUGUUAAAUGACCAACCACUGCAACAGAUAAUUGAGAAAAAGCCAUCUAUUGAUAUGAUAGGAUGCAUAUAAAACACAGCUAAAUAGGAUACUCUAAAAUUCACUCCAUUUUCUAUUAGCAGUAGUAAUUCUUGUAGCGGAAAUACAAGUGAUGACAGUAAAGGAUUGAGCUCCCCUUCCUUGAAUUCUUUAUAAGAUUAAACAGCUCCAUCAGUUGGUAGCACAAACUUUAUGCAAUCUCUAGAAAAAUAAAGUUUCAUGAAAUAAGAUCAUAAAUCCCUUAAAGACAAGCCAAAGAAUCUCAUUAACAAAAAUCUUGAAAAGAAAAUCCUAAAUAAUAAAAAAGAAUAAAAUUUUGACCAAUUUAUUGAAAAGCAGAUAAAUAGUAACGACUAUUGGGAAAACCAGGCCUCUAAAAUGCCGCCAUUGUAUAAAAAACUAGAUAGCAGUUUAGAUAAAUUAGACAACUCAAUGAUAAACCUCUCAAAGUUAUUCAAACCUUUAGUAUCCUAUGAAAAAUUUGAUCAAAUACCAUCAGUGAUGGAUAUUAAAAAAAGUUAAAGUAAGCAAGAAGAUCCAGGCUUUAACUUUCUAGAAACAUUGUAAAGCAUAACUAAGGGUUGGAAAGACAACUAUUAAUAAGUAAGCUUGAAGAGCUAUCAAUAAAAGACUGAUAAAGCACCUCCACCAGCAGAUUUAUUCGCUAAUCUCCCGACUACUACCAAUUUUUAAUUAGGAAUGUCUUUGUUUAGUAAUAUUAAUAGUAGCACCACCAAUAACAACUCUAAAUCUAAUUCCAAUAAUAGCAGCAGUCCUAAGCAAACUAUAUUGAAAUGA